AUGGUUCAGGGAUAUGACCAUGGUCUCAGACGUCUGACAAGACCCCAGGUAUCAAGAUGGCCCUUGGUGAUAACAGCCGUGGGCAGCAACUCAGACCUGGGCUGCUGUGGGGACACUGGUACAGGUAUAACCUUUGGCAACAGUGUGGGCCUGGGUGACACCAUGACCUUGGGUGGCAAUUCAGGCCACUCAGCAUUUGUUCUAGCAUCACUCAUUAAACCAGCCACUGUUUUAUCACUCAUCACUCAUUCUCCAUUGAGUGCUCAUCAGACAUCUGUGUUUUUGACUACUGGAUCACUUGCUGCUUAUGAUUUUGCCAGGGCUCUGUCGGGGCUGAGGGCCAAGGGCCGACACUACCACCCGGGCCCCGCCGGCGCCGUUGCCUUUCCCGCCCAGCCCCCGCCAUGUCCGAGGGGCUCGGCGGCCACGUCCUACACGGAAGACGAUUUCUACUGCCCCGUCUGUCAGGAGGUGUUCAAGACGCCGGUGCGGACCGCGGCCUGUCAGCACGUUUUCUGUAGAAAAUGUUUCCUGACUGCAAUGAGAGAAAGUGGAAUUCAUUGUCCCCUGUGUCGUGGAAGUGUGACGAGAAGAGAAAGAGCAUGUCCAGAACGGGCCUUAGAUCUUGAAAAUAUCAUGAGGAAGUUUUCUGGUAGCUGCAGAUGCUGUUCAAAAAAGAUUAAAUUCUAUCGCAUGAGACAUCAUUACAAAUCUUGUAAGAAGUAUCAGGAUGAAUAUGGUGUUUCUUCUGUCAUUCCAAACUUUAAGACUUCUCAAGAUCCAGUAAGGAGCAGUAAUAGGAAUGAAACACCUUCAUCUGAUAACACAGAAACUUACCAAGAGAAUACAAGUUCUUCUGGGCAUCCCACCUUUAAGUGUCCCUUAUGUCAAGAGUCAAAUUUCACCAGACAGCGUUUAUUGGAUCACUGUAAUAGUAACCAUCUAUUUCAGAUAGUUCCUGUGACAUGUCCUAUUUGUGUGUCUCUUCCUUGGGGAGAUCCUAGCCAGAUUACUAGAAAUUUCGUUAGUCAUCUAAAUCAAAGACAUCAGUUUGAUUAUGGAGAAUUUGUGAAUCUUCAGCUAGAUGAGGAAGCCCAGUAUCAAACUGCUGUAGAAGAGUCUUUUCAAGUAAACAUCUGAUGUGUGUACACAUCUCUUCAUCCUUGUACCUACAAGUGCCAUCUUUAAGGGAAAGACAUGAAGUCACCAUUUCAGUAAUUUGCUGUGCAUAUUAAUAAAAAUAAUUCACUCUA